AUGCAUGGUCUGCGCAGAUUUCUGCUUGUUCAUGCUCUGACAUGUCUUGCACAUGGGAGCGAAAUCAUAGAUGGGGAAAAGGCAAAGGAGAACUCCCUGCUGUAUAUGGCCUCAGUCCAGAACAAUAGAGGACAUGUAUGUGGAGGGUUCCUCAUCAGUGAAGAGUUUGUAGUAACUGCUGCCCACUGUGACUCAGAUCUUAAAAGCAUUGUUCUUGGGACCCACAAUCUGAAGGAUGCUAAGAAUAAAACAAGAAACAUUGAAAAGCAAUACAAACACCCAUCUUUUGAGAAUGUAGGACGCGGUAAUGACAUCAUGCUCCUUAAGCUGGCACAGAAAGUUCAACUGGACAACAGUGUACAAAAAAUUCAACUUUCAAGAUCUGAAGUGAACAUAAAGGAACACAUGAUGUGUCAUGUAGCUGGUUGGGGUGCCACAAAAAGUAAAGGAAGAGUCGUUGAUGAGCUGAGAGAAGUGAGUGUGUCAAUCAUCAACCUGCAAUUCUGUGAGAAGGAAUGGCCCGGUCUUCCUGCCAAUGUGAUCUGUGCAGGUGGAUAUGGCACACGUAAAGGAUUCUGUCAGGGUGAUUCUGGUGGUCCUCUGGUGUGCAAUGGGAUGGCAGUUGGUGUUGUGUCUUUUAACAAGAACCGGAACUGUGCGUACCCAGAUGUACCCAACGUAUAUACAGACAUAUCAAAAUACCUUCCCUGGAUCAAUACCAUUUUCAAAGGCAGAAAACAUUAUGAGUAACAAUCUUGGACAAAGCUUCGCUUAAACAUAAUCUACAUGCAAUAUGGGCGUGUCAUUGUGUCUUAAAUUGUUCUUUCACAAUUUUAUUAUUCACUCAAAUACCAAAAUUAAAAUAAAAUAAAAAGAUUUCUUAUACAAUGUUUAACUUGCUUUAAUUUGGAGGUGUUGCUGUAUCUCAAGUUGU